AUGGCUGCCAUCGUAACCAGAGUUCCCAUCUCCCACCUCCCCCUCCCUCUCCCCCUCUCCACCCCCCUCCCCUCCCUUCCCUUCCCCUCCACCCCAACACCUUCUGUUUACCCUCCCCCCUUCCUCUCCCACAGCUACCAAGCUGCUGGCACGGAGGGAGGCGCGGAGGAGGAGAAGGAGAAGGAGGGUGAGGGCGCCGCGUUUUUUCGAGGCGACCGUUUUUUCACUGCGGGGAAGGGAAAGCUGAUGGAGCUGGAGCCCAUGGUCUCGCAGGCGCUGUUGGAGCAUCUGCCAGGCAGCGACCUGCUGCAGAACGCCCUGUUCAACUCAAACUCCCCAUGCUCUGGCAAGCUGAUGGAGCUGGAGCCCAUGGUCUCCCAGGGCAAGCUGAUGGAGCUGGAGCCCAUGGUCUCGCAGGCGCUGUUGGAGCAUCUGCCAGGCAGCGACCUGCUGCAGAACGCCCUGUUCAACUCGUGUGCCAUCGUGGGCAACUCGGGCUUUAACCUGCUCUUCCGGACGGGCAGCUCAUCGACAGCCAUGACGCUGUGUUCCGACUAUUUGAGUGAGCGGAGUGGAAAGAACCUGCACUGA